AUGCCAGUACUGAGAUCGACGCUACACCGGAGGGAUCUCAUGGAGGAGAUGACAUCACACGAUAACAAUGCCUGGGCAAUUCUAGCCAUCACAGGAUCCUGGUGUUUUCUCGCCGUCAUCGUCGUAGCCAUGAGGGUGUGCACACGACUAGUCAUGGUCAAAUAUCUAGGUUGGGACGACAUUUUCGCUGUGAUAACAAUGGUUCUCGGUGUCGCAAUCUGGGCAUGCUUUAUUGGAGAGUCAAAUUGGGCAUUGGGAAAGCAUUACCAAGACAUCACACCAGAGAUGCUGGUGAUGUACAGCAAGUGGCAGUUUGCACAUGGUAUGAUCAUGGUGUGGGCACUGCAUGGAAUGAAGAUCGCCUUUGCUCUCUUCUUACUGAGGCUCAGCAAUGGCAGGAUCUUCAGAAGAACUUUGUUCGCGGUUAUGUGUUUCAUGACUAUAUACACAACAGUCUCUUGGUUUACCAUCCUAUUUGGAUGUGCCCCCAUCUCGGCCAACUGGCAUGGUAGGAAUGGACAGUGUAUUUCUACGGCAGCAUUCAGGAGUCUCGGCAUGACUUACAGCAUUCUCGGCAUGCUUACCGAUGCGUUUUUGGCUCUGCUGCCUGUUCCGAUCAUUUCUGGUAUGCAGCUCAAUAUUCGAACUAAGAUCUGCUUGCUCCUUGCCUUUGGCAUGGGCCUCGCAGCAGUAGCGUGCGGCGCUGUCAAAUCCUACCACCUGUGGUACUAUUUCGGCGACCGUGAUCGUCUCUAUCACAACACUUACUUUGUUUGGGGAGCUCUCGAACUCUACGUGGGCAUCAUUGCAGCCUGUCUGGUCAGCUUGAAGCCCCUGAUUGCUUCCUUCCUUGAAAAGGCAAAAUCAACACUAGUCAGUUCCGCAGCGCUGGCAAAGCACCUACACCAUGGGACGUCAGGACCCAAUUCCCCCAGAUUUGACGAAAAAACCGAACAGCAAUUCAACACAUUCAACACACAAAACUUCCCACACAUCGAGAUCUGUAGUGUCAGCAACUACGAGAAGCCAGACCUUCCAAUCAUCGCCGAGCAGCCAAAAGUGUUUACAGUGGAGCUGGAAACGAACAGUUCCCAGUCGUCCCUCUCCUCGAACUCAGGCAUCGCAUCGGCUCAAAGACCGAAGAGAAAAAACAGGCCAGCACCUCUGAAUACAGCAGCUUUGAUUCGGAGAAGAAGUUCUCUAGAAUUGAGCUGCAUGGGAGGCGUAUUGAGUUCGCCCUCGCCGACUUAUCUACCAUCGGCCAUCGAUUUCGGGUUCCUCGAUCUUGUUAAAGGAAGAGAUCCAGAGACUCUUUCUCAGAUGCAGCGAAAAGAAGGUCGAUUGUCAAUCGGUAGAAUAUCAUUCUCAGCAUUCGGCAUCGACUCUCCCGGUACGAUGACAAGAUCAAACACGCCUCGUAGCUCACUCUCCGUACCUAAUAUCUGCGGCCUUCUCACUUCCCCAUCGCCAACCUUUCUCCCUUCACCCUCGAGCAACGACCUCGACUUCUUCAGCCUAAUUCGCUGUCGCGAUCCCGAGACCAUCGCCGCCAGUAAAGUCUCACCCUCUCGCCGUACCACCAUCAUCUCCAUUCCCGAGGACGAGAAUAUCAGCUUCCCUGUUGGUCGUCGCGCCACCCUCGCACACCCACGAUAUCAAUCCGUCGACUUCAGCGAAGGCGCCACGGGGACUACGCAAAUCAUGCAACGGCUCAAUACUGGUGAAGUCAGACGUCGACCCAGCAUGGCUCCUUCAACAAACUCUGCAACCUCUGCCUUUUUGUGCCCGCCUAUUCAUCAAGAAGAGCUUCGCGACAGCCAGAUGUUUUUCCACGUCAUGAGUUCUGGACAGUUCAGAAGCACUGCUGAGACCGCUGCAAAGCAGUUGGACGUCGAAGAGCUACCCCUGAGCCCGAUGUCCGUAGAGCCGGCCCGAGACUCGAGAUUCAACGAUCAAUUUGCAUUCGCUGGAUUUGACCCCGUCUCCGAUGGUCGAUGUGUGAGCGAAUCCUCUCACGGAGCAUCGAAGAAGGACGAGUAA